AUGCCUUCCAUCCAAAACCUCAUCUCCCGCAACGCCCCUGGCGUUGUCACCCGCGACGUCGAUGGCGGCGACACUCUCAACCUUAUGAUUGUCGUUCUCGCCUUAAUCUUCUUCGCCCUCCUCCUCGUCUCCACACUCUUCCUCAUGCGCCGCAUGCGCAGGCAACAACGCCGAGAACAGAUGCUUCCCACCUAUCAAGAAGUCAAGGGCGGCGCCAGAAACCACCACAACCUCACCAUCCAGACAAGUCAAGACGGCCGCUCAAGUGUCCUCUACAUCGGCCAGGACGGACGCUCGCCGAUGCUCCAGAACCCCCAGUCCGCUCCCCACUCCCCCGACAACGUCCCCGAGAUCCACAUCACCUUCCCCGACGAGCAGGAUGAGGGCGGCCGCCGCAAGAGCGGCCGUGUCCUCGUCGUCCGCGUUGGCGAUGGCGGCUCCGUCGGCCUCGAGCCCGUCCGCGAUGAGCAGCUCCCGGCGUACGAGAAGGAUAGCAAGUCGCAGUUUUACUCUGUCGAUAUCGACUCAAUCGGCGGCCUGCGGGAGAAGGAGCGCUUCAACUAA